UCGGGCCGCAUCCCCCUUACUCGCUCCUUGCCGCGUUCACUCCCCUCUGUCCUGGGCUUGGCGCGCCCGGCGGGUGACGCUGCAGACCUGCUUGUCACCUGCUUUCCCCAGCAUCCUCCAUCCCGGGCCUUUCCGGACAGCUCGCGGCUUUCUGGCUCUUACCUCCUCCCGGUUUAGGAGAUCCCAACCAUCAUCAUGUCUAUAGAGAAAAUCUGGGCCCGAGAGAUCUUGGACUCCCGUGGGAAUCCCACCGUGGAGGUGGAUCUCUAUACUGCCAAAGGUCUUUUCCGGGCUGCAGUCCCCAGUGGGGCCUCCACUGGCAUCUAUGAGGCCCUGGAGCUAAGAGAUGGGGACAAACAGCGUUAUUUAGGCAAAGGUGUCCUGAAGGCAGUGGAUCACAUCAACACCACCAUUGCACCAGCCCUCAUCAGCUCAGGUCUCUCCGUGGUGGAGCAAGAGAAACUGGACAACCUGAUGCUGGAGUUGGAUGGGACUGAGAACAAAUCCAAGUUUGGGGCCAAUGCCAUCCUGGGUGUGUCUCUGGCCGUGUGUAAGGCUGGGGCAGCCGAGAGGGACUUACCCCUCUAUCGUCACAUUGCUCAACUGGCUGGGAACUCAGACCUCAUCCUGCCUGUGCCGGCCUUUAAUGUGAUCAAUGGCGGCUCUCAUGCUGGGAACAAGUUGGCCAUGCAGGAGUUCAUGAUCCUCCCAGUGGGUGCUGAGAGCUUCCGGGAUGCCAUGCGUCUUGGGGCAGAGGUGUACCACACACUCAAGGGGGUCAUCAAGGACAAGUAUGGCAAGGACGCCACUAAUGUAGGAGACGAAGGUGGCUUUGCCCCCAAUAUCCUGGAGAACAGCGAAGCCUUGGAGCUGGUGAAGGAAGCCAUUGACAAGGCCGGCUACACGGAAAAGAUCGUGAUUGGCAUGGACGUCGCUGCCUCUGAGUUUUACCGUGAUGGCAAAUAUGACUUGGAUUUCAAAUCUCCCGCUGAUCCUUCCCGAUACAUCAGUGGGGACCAGCUGGGGGCACUCUACCAGGACUUUGUUCGGAACUAUCCUGUGGUCUCCAUCGAAGACCCAUUUGACCAGGAUGAUUGGGCAGCUUGGUCCAAGUUCACAGCCAACGUCGGCAUCCAGAUAGUGGGUGAUGACCUGACAGUGACCAACCCAAAGCGCAUCGAGCGGGCGGUGGAGGAAAAGGCCUGCAACUGCUUGCUGCUCAAGGUCAAUCAGAUCGGCUCGGUCACAGAAGCCAUCCAAGCGUGCAAGCUGGCCCAGGAGAACGGCUGGGGGGUUAUGGUGAGUCAUCGCUCCGGAGAAACAGAGGACACGUUCAUUGCUGACCUGGUGGUGGGACUGUGCACAGGCCAGAUCAAGACCGGUGCCCCAUGCAGAUCUGAACGUCUGGCGAAGUACAACCAGCUCAUGAGAAUUGAAGAGGAGCUGGGGGAUGAAGCUCGCUUUGCAGGACAUAAUUUCCGAAAUCCCAGUGUGCUGUGAACCUUCGCCUGCCUCAAGACUGGAACCUCCAUCUCACCCUCCUGGAGCCUCCUUGCUGUCCUCACCUGCCAUGGUUCACCCUGAUACUUUGCGCCCAGAGUCACCCAGAACACCUCAACUCACCUGCUCUGGCUGUUCUUGGCUUCCCCAGUCCCCUGCUGCUGCUGUUCCUCCUCUUCUCUGGGCCCCAGUUUUUGGGAUUCCAUCCUUCCCACUUGCCUGUCUAUUCUCUCUUCUCUUAAAAAAAAAAAAAAACUGGAAAUGAGAAUGAAGAUUAGAAUGGGGUCCACAGAAGAGCCAUCAGCGUCUGACAGGAGCUUCAGGAUCGGUGUGCUGAGGUGUUUAGGAUGGGACCGUGUGGCAUGUGUGCCUCGCUGCCAUUUUCAUGUUGUGUAUCAGCCAUGAACUAUGUAUAGACUUGGUGUUUGGGGAGUGCUGGAUGCGUGAUCAUGUUUGGCAAGGCCUUUGUGUGUGUGUGCGUGUGAGUUCACACUUAUUUAUUUAUUUAUUUAUUUUAUUUAUUUAUUGUUCAGCUUGUCAGCCAGCUAGCUCCCCAUAACUAUAGUCUGAAAUUGACGUGACUUGACAGGAAUUCGGCAUCUGUAUUUUCAUGUGGUUGCAUCCCAAGAUGACCCAGGAUGGGAGGUUUUGUUAGCAUGGGAAGGUAACAGAAAAGGGCCUUAGCAAUUGUUUCAUUUGGUGUACUACCUGAAGCCUGGUACUUCACAGAAUGCCACUGUGUGCCCUGGGGGCUUUCCCCCCACGGCUCUCUCCCCAGCCUUUUGUUCCCUAGUCUUUCCCCAGCUGCACAAGAGCACUGCCUCACUCCCCCACGCCAUGUCCCACAGUUGCCACUGUCUCUGUGGCUCUGAAAUGAGCACCACCAUUAAAGUCUGAAUCACAGUGCA